AAAAUUGUCUGAACAACAUGUCCUGAUGCUCCAUUGAACUUUCGUAGGAACGUUGCCGAUAAAUUUGUUCGAACACAGCAUCUGUAACAUAAUAAACGAAGAAACGGAUGUAACAGUUCCGGUAGAAGUAGUUCAGAGCACCUUAGGCGGCGAUUAAAUUAAUCUAAUCGAUUUACAACCGGGAGUUGCACGUUCCACGGUUCUAAACAUGCGACGGAUCACGUGAUUCAGAAUCUCCCCAAUGCAACGCAUCUGGAUCAUGGGUUCACGUUCAUAUGUAUAUCUAUGCCCCUGAAUAUUAGUAUCCUGACGAUCCGUUUCAACGAUCAGUUCGAUAGCAACCGUUGCGACGAGACUAAGCGAGACGUCCAGCUACAUCCAUUCCCCCCGAGACAUCCUCGAUCUCCCGAACUCGUCAAAGGAAAUUUACUUCCAGUAGGAAUCGAAGAUGCUGGCGAUAGCGGUACUGCUCGCGGCAACGAUCUGGAGCCACGAAGCCGAGGGCAGCGUUCUAGUGGCAGACAUGGCUAUGUCUAGGAUGGUUGAACUGAAAACGGAUGCGCCGUUCUGCGCCCUGUACACCGACCGCGGCGUCAUACAGAGGAUGGUGCUCGGCGCCGACCCUAAGAAAGUUCGGCAAAUGUCCAGCAACCUGGUCGCCGACCUCGAAGAAACUUGCAAAGCCUCCCGGGACAAGGGAAAGAACCAGCCCGCAGGCGGUGGACUAAUCUAUCCGGGAACAAAAUGGUGCGGACCGGGUACUUUGGCCACGUCGUACGACGAGUUGGGAAAACACGCGUCGGAAGACGCCUGUUGCAGAGAACACGAUCAUUGCCCGGUCACGCUCGGCCCGCAAGAGUGCAUCCACGGGAUUUGUAACAAUUCGCCGUUCACCAGAUCCCAUUGCGACUGCGACGCCAAGUUCCGCAGAUGUCUACAAAACCUGAACUCGGAGGUAGCGAACACCCUCGGCGCUCUCUUCUUCAAUGUAAUACAGGUCACCUGCUUCAAAGAGAGACGCCCGUGCUCCCAAUGGCAGAGGAACGGAUACGCCGAGUCCGAGUCGAACCGCUUGUGCUCCCAAUACAAUUUCCGUCCCAGCGACAAGUAUGUGCCGCUGAUGCCUCUGAACAUCAACUAGCUAUUGCGAAAACGCAAGAAGCCCGGACCGGACAGCCCUUGAAGUGCUGUUGUCAGUUAACAGAGUCUGAGUGAGCAGGACAAUUGCGCGUGUCUCAACCGUCAAAUCGUUUUAUCCGCAUGCUACCUGUAUGUCAUUUCCGAAUCAACCGGAGAACAGCCGGCGAAGUUUUCUCCGUAUGUUACGCUAAUUCUGUACGCACAGCUCGAGCGAAAGGCUGUGAACCCGCUCUUGAAAGCGCCGAUCUCGAUUCAAGGAUGAGCGCAGAAAUUCGUUGGCGAAACAGUGUCCAUCUGGAACCGAGAAACAUUUGUAUAACUACGAGAACGGCUCUGCGUUUGUUUCACGCGUUUUACUCGUCGGCCUUGCCGAUUCCGGCGCAUUAAACGCGUGCAACGCCCGCAAUGCGUUCCUCGAGGCCAACCGUCGGCUAGUUUAUUCGAUCGCCCUUCCUAGGUAGCAGUUUUACAGGUAAACACGAAGUCAAUAAACGAACAAACCCAAUUUGCCAACAAUUCGCAAUCGUCUUGAAAGCGAAAAGAACCGACACGCAAGUUUUUUAGUUUCUUCCAAAUUAGUUUCUCUAAUUUGGAAGAAAUCUAAUUUAGUUUCUAAAUUCCUACAAAGUAAAUCGAUUCGCCGAAAGAAAUUAUACUGAACCUGUAUUGUCGAUAACACGAUUUUACAAUUACUGCUCAAUUUUACUCUUUAAUUGUAUGCAACUUUAACGCCAGAACUAUCGGACGACCGCAAAAUUCUUUAUUCUGUAUGCGCCAGCAUCGGGUAACAGAGACAGGAGACUGAAAAUCGAUUCGUUUAUUCGAUGUUAAUAAAAUUAACAAUAUCGACAACAAAUGACCGCGAUACCUCUAUCGUACAUCUAUAGUAUCGCUCGAUACUUCUAGCGUUAAAGGUAAUUUAGAGGGGUAGGCCUUCUGAUUGAUCGUUGGUGUUGGAGAUCGUGAGAACGAGCGAAGGAGUAAGGGAGCUCUGAUAUUAAAUAAAUGAAAUUAACGAUCGAAGAGGGAGGACCUCAUCCCAUCUAUAUUAUUGCAACAAGGUUCGCGUUUCUUGCAUAUCACUCGUCGCCUUUGCACUACAACGAAACGUGCAUGCGAUUGCAUAAUCGACUAGUAGCAUUUGCAACGAUACCAUUUAAAUUAAGACUCUUUAUUAGAUUAAUGCGACAGCGGUAGCAAUAGAAAUUCUACGAUUGAAAUCGCUCGCGCAUCAAUCUGAUAAAUCGAUAAAGAACUAAUGGAUUCCUCUCAAGGUUUACGAUUUUCUAAUCUUUGAUAAUUCGAAGGUGUUUUGUCUAGAGUCUAGAUCGUACCGAUUCGAAAGCGUUUAACGAAAACUAUUAGCAGCGUAGCUUACAGUUAGUUUUCUAGCACAGAAUAUCAAAUAUCGUACUAGAUGCUCUAAUACUGUUCAAAAAUAAUUGGAUAUGAGCGAUUAUCUCGAAUGACUCUCAGUAGGAGAAAAAGAACGACAUUUACUAUUUACCAAUUACAGUACGAAAGAGUAAUCAAUGAUGGCGACUCUGCACAAUCUCUACUGUGAUUCGAUUAAAGACGUAGACUUGCUACAAUUUUACUCGUAGUGUAAGUAACUUUGUCCGUUAUUUGCGACUUUCUAGUGCAAAUAAUCGAUGCGUCCAGAAAAGAUGUACGGAUUCGUUGAUACCUCCAGAAGGUCGGCCGGGAAAGCGUGCAAUUGAUUUUUACCGAGUCACACAAUUGCUUUUCCAAAAUACCUCAGUGACAUGUUUUUUUUCCUAACGACCUUCAGUCUUUUUAUUCCGACGAUACGGUGCUGAUCUCGAUAAUCGAGAGAACAAAUUCUGCCCAGUUUCAAUUAAUAAUCAUUGGACUGCGAAUCUUUGUACGAAUCUUUAUAAGAAUCUUUAUGCGAACUCUUAUGCGUUUGUGUGGCACUUGUAAUUUUAUAGGAUACAAGGCGGCAAAACCAGGUUUUCUGUACAUUUUUGUUUUCUUUUUAUCGGAUAGAGAUCCGCAAUCUAAUAAUUCCUAAUUCUAUCUUGAAGGCAAAAUGUAGCACUGAAAAUAUAUUUUUGAAUAUUUAUUGUACAGCAAAUCGGAUUGUCGAGAUUAUUAAUCGUGUUGAACGAAUACGAGACGACUACAUAUUUCUAAGUACACGAAUUUUCAAUUACUAUAUACACACAAUACUAGAAUAUAUAUUAGUUUAUUAUAAUAUACUACUAUUAUAACAUUACUUUCACACGUAAUACUGUUUGUUGCUUGUACCAUUUAUUUAUACAUACUUUUUAUUCUACUGCGAUUUUCUUCCUGAUCAUAAUUAAAACAAUUACUAGAAACUGUAAAAGUUAAUGAGAAAUGUAAAAUAUAUUUAUACAUAUGUACAUAUAUAUUUUUACGUUUCUCGUUGUUACAUCCAACGCAAUAUGUACACGCUUUGGUGAUGCAGAUAUAUUUUCUUUUAAAUAGGAAGAAAAUUGAAACGUUAGAAAAAUGAAUUAUACUCUAAUUAUACUGUUUUCAAAUAAGGAUCAGAUAUUAUGAGAAUAAAUGACUACCUCCCAGCA